UAUUGUCAAAAUAAGUAACAUAUUAGAGAGAAACAUAUAAAAAUGGGUCUUCAAGAAACCGACCCGUUAGUCCAACUGAGUUUACCACCGGGUUUCCGGUUUUACCCGACCGACGAAGAGCUUAUGGUUCAAUAUCUCUGCAAGAAAGCUGCCGGUUGCGAUUUCUCUCUUCAGCUCAUCGCCGAGAUCGAUCUUUACAAAUUCGAUCCAUGGGUUUUACCAAGUAAAGCACUAUUUGGAGAAAAAGAAUGGUAUUUUUUUAGUCCGAGGGACAGAAAAUAUCCAAACGGGUCAAGACCGAAUCGGGUUGCCGGAUCGGGUUAUUGGAAAGCUACGGGUACUGAUAAAAUAAUAUCAACGGAAGGACAAAGAGUUGGUAUUAAAAAAGCUUUGGUGUUUUACAUCGGAAAAGCUCCUAAAGGCACUAAAACCAAUUGGAUCAUGCAUGAGUAUCGUCUCAUUGAACCUUCUCGCAAAAACGGAAGCUCUAAGUUGGAUGAUUGGGUUCUCUGUCGAAUAUACAAAAAGCAAUCAAGUGCACAAAAACAAGUUUACGAAAAUGCAAUCACUAGUGGUAUGGAAAUUAGCAACAAUGCUACUUCGUCGACAACGUCGUCUUCAUCUCACUUCGAAGACGUUCUUGAUUCGUUUCAUCAUAAUGAGAUGGAUAACAGAGAUUUCCACUUCUCUAACCAAAACCAGUUCUCUACGCUCAGACCGGACUUAACCGAAGAGAAAACCGGGUUCAACGGUUUACCGGAGACGUCGAGCUUCGGCUGGGGUGGUUUUGCUGGCAACGUUGAUCAGCAUAACUCGGUGCCAGAACUCGGACUGAGUCAUGUUGUUCCUAGUCUCGAGUAUAACUGUGGCUAUCUCAAGAUGGAGGAGGAAGUCGAAAGCAGUCACGGGUUUAGCAACUCGGGUUAUGGUGUUAACCCGGUUGGGUUAGAGUAUUCGGGUAGGUUCGGGUUUAUGUGAUGAUUUGAUGAUUCAAUGCUGAGGCCAUGCAAAAAAAAUAAAAAAUAAGUCGUCUAUUUAAUUUUGUCCCGUACGCGGAAAAAAUCUUAUGUAUUUGAAUUUUCAAUUCUUUUGGGGUUUAGAGGCAGACUCAUAGAUUUUAGAUGUAGUUUUGUAAUCUUUCAUGCCUAGAAAUAUUGAUGUCUAGAUUUCGCGACCUUUUUUAUGUUGUUGUUGUCAAUAAGCUUUUGAAUUGGAAUUGCAUAUCUAUUAGUA